GAACAGCCAGAAAACUGAAAGGGAAGAAGUGUUAUUUUUGGCAGGAGGUCUUUAUGGCUGAUGCAGGAACUUUCUCCUUAGUUAUUCAUUGUCUUGUCAAGACUCAUAAAACAGCCAGCAGAGCCCAGCAGGUACUUUUCUUCAGUGUCCUGGGAGCUCAGAAAUGCAGGAAUUAAACGUGGCCUUGAACCCAUUUUAUGGACUCACUUCUUACGGAGCUACCAUAAAACAUUAAAAAUCAGAGCUUAUAAAUAAGGAGAGGAAGGGUUGCACAUCUCUUUUCAGAAGCCACCUCUCUGAGGCUCUUCCCAAGGCACCAGCUGGGCUCCCUAUGAUGGCACAGAGAAGCAGACUCACAGCCUCCUGCCGAGUGCACAUCCUCAUGCUUUGCUUUUUGGCACACGUAGCCACAGGUGUAGAACUGUCUGUCAAUAACCACAACGAUGACUUCACCCUGACCAUAUCGUCCGGGUCUCUCGCCUCCCUGUCCUGCCUAGCACAGAACAGCAGCCAAGCCGAGGAGCUGCUCUGGUACCGAGGAAGUAGCCGUGUGGAUCUGAAAGAUGAGAAUAAAGUGAACAUCAGCAACAUCUGCAUCUCUCCAGUCUCUGAGUCUGACAAUGGCGUUGCCUUCACGUGCAGGCUGGUACGGGACCAGUCCGUGCAGGUCUCGGUGGUCCUGGACGUCCGCUUUCCUCCCUCUGUGGGUGAAGAUGAGUCCAUCUACAUUGAAGAAGGCAAAGACGUCACUCUGACCUGCAAUGCCAAGUCCAACCCUCAAGGCCAAACAACGUGGUACAAGAACAACACCAUCCUAACAUUGCAAAAUCACUACCAGGUGUACCAGACCAGUGAGACCUUCCAGCUCUCUAUCAAGAAAGUACAGAAGUCUGACAACGGGACCUACACUUGUGAAGUGAAAUCUUCUUGUGGAGACAGCAGUAAGGAUUUCCACCUGAUAGUUGAAGAUAAAAAAACCGUUUUCCCCAAGGAGGCUGUUAUCGCUGCUGUUGUGGUGGUUGCACUCACUGCGCUUUUUGGAAUCGUGGCUCAGAAAGAAAAAAUAUUUAAGUGCUUCAAAAAACCAAGCGAAACGGCCCUGGAGUGAAUUUCCACGUUGUUCCCUUUUGCUUCAGGUAAAGAUGGCACAGAAGCUUUGCAUACCCAGAAAACACCAUUCAAAGUGGUGGCCAUACCUGCACGAGAUUAAACAACUCCGGACACGAGCUUUGUGACAAUACAAGCACCACUUACGGCUGCUGAUCGUAAUCACUGCUCACAACGCAGACACAGGGCAGGAGGCUGAGGAACCGCCGCACCCCGUCCCGCAGCCUCGAGCCCGGGGUGCUGCGCUGAUGGCGGGGCACGCAGCCUGCUUGCCUCGCACCGACCGCCCCUCGGGUUCACCUCGGGAUCGCACCUCACUGCCAAUAAACGCGCUGUGCCGUACGUUAA